CAAACAUGUAGCUGACUAGCAAUGAAAGCCGUCAUUCAGCGUGUCAAGUCCGCGUCGGUGACCGUCGAUGGCCAACUCAUUUCCAGCAUUGGGAAGGGAUUACUGAUCUUGGCAGCCAUCGCAAAGGAAGACACUGCCAAGGAGGCUGAAUCCAUGGCUUCCAAGGUGCUCAAAGUCAAACUCUGGGACGACGACCAAGGUGGCAAGUGGAAAAAGAACGUGCAGGAGAUCGACGGGGAGGUCCUCUGUGUGUCUCAAUUUACUCUCUUAGCCUCAACCAAAAAGGGCAACAAGCCUAGCUUUCACGCAUCUGCCGACGCUGCGAAAGGAAAGGAGCUGUACGACCUCUUUUUUGGCCAGGUGCGGAAACUAUAUCGCGAAGACCGCGUCAAGGAUGGAGUCUUCCAAGCCAUGAUGGACGUUGGUCUGGUCAAUGAUGGACCGGUUACAAUAGAAAUUGACACCAAUCCUCCCAACAUGGACAACCCAUCUGGCUUUCAGACGCCGGACAGCGAGACCUUCAAAGGCCACAUGCAUAAGACAUUCGAGUAUCCAGCCGAGCUGCUGGAAUGAGGCCGUGCCGUAAAAUGGAGGACUAAAACCUUCAAAAGCUGUCACGAUGCCCUAAGUGAGCAAUUCACCGAAGUUGGCGUGAGUGCCAAGAAUCGCCUUCAGUCGUGAUGCCACGACUUGACGACCACGAAACGAACACUGGACACCAUUAAAGCAGAAGUCACGAUCUGGACAUUUGCGAAGACCAGAAGUUGGUUCAUCUCAUCAUUGGCAUUAUGCUCGCUAUGCUCAUCGACACUCGUCAUCAUCAUCUACAAUUAAAAAACCGGAGGCCAUGUAGCACUUGCUACAGCACUUUCGGUUGCGACCAAUCAUCAUCUAGUUCUCUGGAACGAACACGCCGCGGUAGCGGACAUUGCCCUCGUUCAGCUUGUCCAUGGCCUCGUUGAUGGACUUCUCAUUCAGAGGGUACUUCUCCAGGAUAGGCUCGAUCUUGUGAAGAGCCGCAAAGUCCAGCAUCCUUUGGUGGAUGUAGCGAGACGCUACAACAGAACCCUGGACGGUCAAGCCGUAGGCAAGGAGGGGCAUGUAUGGGAUUCUGAAAUCGUUCUCGUCAACCGACAGUGGGUGGAUUGUGGCGCCUGGUGCAAGUGCCGGCAGGAUCUUCUGCCAAUCUGGCUGCGCGGAAGUUGUGACGAGCAGGCGGUUGAUUGGCCUGGAAGUCUUGAUCUGGUCGACGUCCUUCGUGGCAACGAACUCAUGCGCGCCGAGCUUCAGUGCCUCUUCCUUCUUUGAGUCGGAUCUCGAGAUAACGAUCACGUUCGUUCCCAUCUUAGCGGCGAACUGGAUUGCAAGAUGGCCCAGACCUCCGACGCCCAUGACAGCGACUGUCUCCGUUGGCUGCGCAUUGUAUGCAUGCAACGCGUUGAAAACUGUGGCACCGCCGCACUACUCAGUCGUUAGCACUUGCUCGGCCUGUUGAACAUCAGCCUCACAAACUCACCAUCAAUGGAGCAGCUGCUUCAUCGCUCAGCGAAUCUGGGAUCUUGAACAAAUAUGCUUCCCGCCAGACAGCAUGGCUAGCAAAAGAUCCUUGGUCCGUGUUCGCCAUGGCGUACAUCGCACGCUCUGGACAGUAUGUCUCGUUGCCUCUGAGACAUUCCUGGCAGUGUCCGCAGGAGUUGUGCAGGUAGCUAGGAAUCAUGUUAGCACCACACAAUAACAACAGAACCUUGUUUCGCUGCUUGAUCUUACCCCCAACCAACACGAUCGCCCUU